UAAUGUGUAGAACUUCAUGAAUCAAGGGCAUUAAAAUUUAGCAGACCUUUCUGCAAGUUCUGUGUUGAAAACUUAAGGAAAGAUUUAAGAAGAAAGCAUGAUUAAUACAAAUAAUUACUGAAUCGUUUGGUAAGUGGUCUAAUGUUUAAUUAAGAAAUUUGGAGUUCACUUCUCAGGUCACUGUACAUUUGUAAUGUUAUAAUACAUCACACUCCUGACUGUGAUUCUGAAAAUAGCAGGAGAUUAUUUGUUUGGUCAUCUUCCUGUUCCUCAUAUCAUAUGCUCAUAUGCUUUAUUGGGUACAACAGCAUGCAAUGAUGAUGAAUGGGCAGAGAGGAGCUGUGUGAGCAACCAUGGACCAGAGGUUGGUUGUUCUUGUUCUGCUGUCAGGUUUGUAUCAUAAUUUGUAAUUUGUUUGCAUGAAUGUCUGCAUGUGCAUAUAUUUGAGUAAGUUCAUAUUAACAGGGUUCUUGUGGAGCAGUUCUGGUCUUUCACGACAGUAUCACUAUAUAAAUGAGAGAAUGUCCUGGAAUGAUGCUCAGAGUUACUGCAGAUCGAGGUUCACUGAUCUGGCUACUGUAGACAGCAUGAAUGAUGUGAGCAGGCUGGUAAAAACAGUGGAUGCUGGUUACAGUGGAUCAGUGUGGAUUGGACUGAAGAGGGGGACACAGAGUCGCUGGGGUUGGUCAGAUGGAGAUAAUGCUACACAGAACAGCAGCUGGAAUCCAGGGAAGCCUGAUGGUGAAGGAGAAUGUGUCUAUUCUGCCAAUGGAUUUUGGUUCAAUCACCCAUGCUCAAAGCGGCUAUACUUUGUGUGCUACAAUGAAAGCACUGGCUACAACAUGACAGAAGCUUGGAAAAACUGGACAGAAGCCCAGAGCUACUGCAGACAGUAUUACACUGAUCUGGCCACCAUCCGCAGCUCUGAGGAACAAAACCAGCUUUAUAGUAUUGUUGGGGAUGGGCCAUGGGUCUGGAUUGGUCUGUUCCUGGAUUCUUGGGAAUGGUCUGACCAAUGGAGCCUUUUCUUUAGAUACUGGGCAGCAGGACAACCAUCCCAGAGUUCAGGUUCUGGUGACUGUGUUGGCAUGUUGACAACUGAUUCUGGGAGAUGGGUUCCUGACAACUGUGAUCUACAACGUCCUUUCAUCUGUCAUGGAGGACCCAAGCCUCUUUCUCGACAGUACUACUAUGUAAAUGAAAGAAUGUCGUGGCCAGAAGCUCAGAGUUACUGCAGAGCGAGGUACACUGAUCUGGCCACUGUUGACACCAUGAACGAUGUGAGCAGGCUGGUUAAUAGAGUGAAUCCUGGGCACCGUGGUUCAGUGUGGAUUGGACUGAAGAGAAAUACAAAGGAACACUGGGCUUGGUCGAUGGGGGACAGCACACUGUCUGAGUACACUAACUGGGCAAAAGUCUUUACAAAUGAUGAAGGUACAUGUGGAACAACUGUCAGUGCAUGGUGGUGGGUUCAUCCAUGCACAAGUACUCUACCACUUCUCUGUUACAAAAGAGGCGGUGGUUAUACUGCUAUUGAGACUGCUAUGACUUGGAGAGAUGCUCAGAGCUACUGCAGACAGCACUACACUGACCUUGCAAGCAUUAGAAGUUCAGAAGAAAAUCAACUUGUUGGUGAUACUCCUUCAUAUUGGAUUGGCUUGUUCCUGGAUUUUUGGCAGUGGUCUGAUCAGUGGAGUCUCACAUUUAGACACUGGACAGCAGGACAACCUUCCCAGACUUCUGGAUCUGGUGACUGUGUUGCAAUGGUGACUUCAGAUUCUGGAAAAUGGGCUCAUUACAGUUGUGACCAACAGCAACCUUUCAUGUGUCAUGGAUGGCCUAAGCCUCUUUCUCGGCCUUAUGAAUAUAUAAACAAGAGCAUGACUUGGAAUCAAGCUCAAGCCUACUGCAGAGCGAGGUACACUGAUCUGGCUACUGUAGACACCACAGAUGAUGUGAGCAGACUGGUAAAUAUAGUGGAACCUGGAUACAAUGGAUCAGUGUGGAUUGGACUUAACAGGAGGACACAGAUUCGCUGGGCCUGGUCUAUGGGGAACAGCACACUUUCCCAGUACACUAAAUGGAAACCAGGGGAACCUACUGGGGAUCAAGAGUGUGUACGAAGUUCUAAUGGAAGUUGGUACGAUGAGAAUUGCACCACUAGUCUGCCAUUUGUGUGUUACAAUGAUGGCACUGGUUAUAUCAUUAUUAAGAUGGCUAUGACUUGGAGAGAUGCUCAGAGUUACUGCAGACAGCACUACACAGACUUGGCGAGCAUCAGUAGCCCAGAGGAACAGCAACUGAUCAGUAAAGAAUCAUCAGUCUGGAUUGGUCUGUUUCUGGAUUCUUGGCAGUGGUCUGACCAGUGGAGUCUCAAUUUCAGAUACUGGACAGCAGGACAACCAUCACAGAGUUCAGGAUCUGGAGACUGUGUUGGCAUGUUAACAACAGAUUCUGGGAAAUGGGCUCAAUACAGCUGUGACCAACAGAACCCUUUCAUCUGCUAUGGGGAUGACAGGUUCAUUAAAAAACAGACUGUUAGACUGAAAUUGUCCAGCGACGAAAAAUGCAAUUUGAAUGAUCCUUCAACACAGACUGCAAUUCUGAAUAAGAUAAGUGAAAAGCUAAAGAGCAUGGGGCUGGGAAGUAAGAGCAAAAUAAGCUGGAGAAAGCAGGAAGGUGAAGAUGUGUUUUGUAAGGAGACCAAACGUAAAGAGAAUUCAGAUAUAAACUGUGAUGAUACCAAUUUUUAAUAUACUACUAUAAAGUACAAAUUUAAAACAGAC